AUGAUAGUGAGUCGAAUAGGUGACAUGAUAGUAGAAGUUGAGAUCAUGACUGGAACAAAGGUAGGCGAACAUGUAUUGAUCCCGCGGAUACAGCUUACCCCUCUCGAUACAUUGCAUCCUUUCACAUUCAAUCGACGUCAAUAUCCACUGCGGCUCUGUUAUGCGAUGACAAUCAACAAAAGUCAAGGACAAAGUCUCAAACAAGCUGCUUUAUAUCUCCCUAGGAAGGUCUUCACUCACGGGCAAUUGUACGUUGCGUUAUCUCGAGUGACAUCACCGGAGGGUCUUAAGAUACUAGACGAUAGCUCUGACUCAGAUGGUGCUGAUUGA